AUGCGGGCGGCCGAGGCGGCCGUGUUGUCGCCGUCCAGGAGAAAAGAGAGCAGGGAUGGGGACGGUGUUUGUUUUUGCUGGUGGUGGUGGUGGUGGUGUUGGUGUUGUGGUGAUGGUGAUGGAAAGACCUCGGCCCACUUGUCGUGGAGCAGUAGCAGGGCAGACAGGGCCAGCAGGACGCGGCCCGCAAAGACGACGGCGAGGGCGGCGCGCAGGCCUAGCGUCGGGUGCGGCCGCGUCGUCACGGUGAACUCGGCCGUCGUCGGGGACGGGCGGCGGACCUCGAGAUGCGGCGCCGUCGACAGCAUCGCGGCCGUGUAUGUGCAACAGGUGGCUUUGGAUCGGGAACUUGUCACGAUGCUUCAUCCGCCUCUGCUUGGCCGGGCGCAGCAGCACCAAGGAAUCGCAAAAGUCAAGACACGUGAUGCGCUCCCCCGCAGCUGA